CGCAUGGCGCCGUCUCUUCCGGUGCGGGGAAUAAUAUGGGGACAAUACACCUGUUCCGCAAAUCACAGAGAUCAUUGGUUGGAAAGUUAACACAUGAAUUUAGGCUGGUUGCAGCAGAUAGAAGAUCCUGGAAGAUAUUGCUGUUUGGUGCUAUAAAUUUAAUAUGUAUUGGCUUCCUGCUAAUGUGGUGCAGCUCUACAAACAGCAUAGCUUUAACUGCUUACACAUAUUUGACAAUCUUUGACCUUUUCAGUUUGGUAACAUGUCUAAUAAGCUACUGGGUAAUGAUGAAGAAACCUAGCCCAGUCUAUUCAUUUGGGUUUGAAAGGUUUGAAGUUCUAGCCGUAUUUGCAUCUACAGUUCUGGCACAGCUUGGUGCUCUUUUUAUACUGAAAGAAAGUGCAGAGCGAUUUCUGGAACAACCUGAGAUACACACGGGGCGACUGCUGGUUGGUACUUUCGUGGCUCUCUUUUUCAACUUAUUUACGAUGCUUUCCAUUAGGAAUAAGCCUUUUGCUUAUGUCUCUGAAGCUGCCAGCACAAGUUGGCUUCAGGAGCAUGUUGCAGAUCUUAGUAGAAGUAUUUGUGGAAUCAUCCCAGGAUUGAGUAGCAUCUUUCUGCCACGAAUGAACCCUUUUGUCUUGAUUGAUAUUGCUGGAGCUCUAGCUCUUUGCAUUACAUACAUGCUCAUUGAAAUCAACAAUUAUUUCGCUGUAGACACAGCCUCUGCUAUAGCAAUUGCUCUGAUGACAUUUGGUACCAUGUAUCCCAUGAGUGUCUACAGUGGGAAAGUACUACUCCAGACAACCCCGCCUCAUGUGAUUGGCCAGUUAGAUAAACUUCUUAGAGAGGUUUCAACUUUGGAUGGUGUCCUGGAAGUUCGAAAUGAGCAUUUCUGGACAUUAGGUUUUGGCACUUUGGCUGGAUCAGUACAUGUCCGAAUUCGGAGAGAUGCAAAUGAACAAAUGGUACUUGCCCAUGUCACUAACAGAUUAUACACAUUGGUCUCUACCUUGACUGUUCAGAUUUUCAAAGAUGACUGGAUCAGACCUACCUUAUCAUCUGUGCCUAUUGCAAACAAUAUUCUGAACUUUUCGGAUCAUCAUGUUAUUCCGAUGCCAUCUUUGAAAGCUGCUGAUAAUUUGAACCCUGUUACAUCCACUCCAGCUAAGCCCAGCAGCCCGCCGCCAGAAUUUUCUUUCAAUACACCAGGCAAAAAUGUGAGUCCAGUCAUCCUUUUAAACACUCAGACAAGGCCCUAUGGAUUGGGCUUUAAUCAUGGAUCCGCACCCUACAGCAGUGUACUCAAUCAAGGAUUUGGAAUACCAGCAAUGGGAGCAACUCAAGGAUUCAGAACUGGUUUUACAAAUGUCCCAAGCAGAUAUGGAACAAACGCUCGUGGUCAACCCCGACCAUAAUAAACACCAUUAUUUAUUGUA